AUGUCUCAUGAAGAUCUACAAGCACCAAUUCCUAUAAAGCGGAACAAAGUGAUGUCUCAUCUAAAUUUAAGAGAAUUAGCAAUUAAACGAUCAAGUGAUGAAAGACAAGCAAGGACUCCCAAUAUUAGAUCACCAGAGACACCUUCUUUGCUCAGUAGAAGUCCAUUGAGAGCUAGAUCUGCUACUCCUACAAGAUGGCAGUCACCGAGUGAAUUUAGAACGGAUAUGAUAAUUAAUGAUAGAAUGAAACACUACAACUUAGAUUAUCCAGAAGAUUUAGAUACAUAUAAGAAAGCUUUAUUUGAUCCCGAAUCUAAAUGGUUUAGUAGGAAUGUUAAACCAAAAUUUAGACCCUCCGAAAAUUUACCUUAUAAGAUUGAAACACAUCAGGAACAAGCAAAAUACUUAUGUCAUGUACUUGUGAACCUGUAUAUCGCUAUUUCAUCGUUAGAUAUUGAAGGUUCAAUUGCAAUCUCUAAUAAAGAUCUGGGUGAACUAAAAUCUCAAAUUGAUGAUUUGGCUUUAAAAACCGAUAUGUUUAGAAUUGCCAGAGAAGAUACCCCUGCAGGUUAUGAGAGUUUUGAUGACGAAGAAUUAUAUAAUGAAAAUGAUUAUAUUAAUGCAAUGGGGCCAGAUGCUCAUUCUAGAGGUAAAAUUACUACUAAAUCUUCUAGUAUUAUUAAUGUGAAUCAUUGGACUAAUGAGUUACAAAAUUGUUUGACUUUUGAUAUACCAUUAACUUUAAGAAAAUCUCUUGCAACAGUUUAUUACUAUUUGGUCCUUGUUAAAGGACAGAAAGUUGCAAGAGACUUACAUAUUCAAACUUUUGAAAUAUUAGUGGAUACUUUAGAUGAAGGUGAAGACUUUACAGCUUUAUUAAAAAAAUCAGACCUUGUGCUGGAUCAUACGCCAUUGUUUAAAUUUUUUUGUUCUUUCUUACCAUAUCCUGAUGCUGAUUAUACUCGAUACGAUUUAUCAUCAAAGGAGGAUUCAAAAUUAUUUAAAUCAUUAUUAAGAUUGGCAAUUCAUUCAAGACCAUUUUUUGAUGAACAAGAUGUAUCAAUAGUUAAAGAGUCAAUGAACGUUUUACUUUCAAGUUUUUCUCCAGCUACGUUGUCAACUAUUUUACCUAUUAUAGCAUCAUAUAUUCCUUGCCAUUAUCACAAGCAGUCUAGUGUCAUUGAUUAUUUCCCAUUUUGUUUUUCUUUAUGGACAUCUGUAAACGCUAACGUCGUGGUAGAUACAAAUUUAUUUGAUUUUGUGGGGCAUGUUGCUGAAGAUGUUCAUUCAAAACUAUUAUUGAGAAGUGAUUUCUUUUUAAAUGAAUCUGGCAUAAAAUUAGAAAAAUUUGGGAUCUUUACUGAUGAUCAAAUGACAUUUUUAUUUAAUAGACUGCAAGGUCAUUUAAGAACUAAUGCACAAGUAUUUUCUUAUUCAAAGAUGUUGCGACCAUUCAUUUAUAGUAUUAUGAGUGAUAAAAAGCAAAACUAUGCAUUUUUUGAUAAAUUAGGCUCUUUAAUGAGAUCCUUAGAAACAUAUAUAUAUCCAUCUAAUAUGGGUGUAUGGACUAAACCAAUUGCUAAAUUUAUUCAUACUUUUAUUAAGAUGUAUCAUGCAAGAGUUCAAUUAGAAAAAAGAACUGCUAUAAAAGAUGCUAGUCAUAGAUGUCUUACUGUUGAAUGUCAUUCCAAAAUUAUUAAUUUGUUCCUUAAUACCUUGAGAAUUGGUGCACAAAACAAAAAUGUAGAUGUCGCAAACUAUUACAUUUCUUGUUUUGCCUAUUUAUUAGAUUUGGAAUCUACUAAUCGUCACCUUAUAUUUGAUAGAGUUCUAGAAGAUAUGUAUGACGCGUUAUCUGGUGAAUAUAUCGAAGCUAAACAUAGAAUUUUCUCUGCUUUUAAACAAUUUACAAGGGUGGUAAGAUUUAUGACAGUUGAUAAAUUGUAUCGUGUCCAUAUUACUAAUAUUUUAACUAUGCUCAUUGAUAAAAUUGAUUCAAACGAUUUAAUUUUAACAGGUAGUAUUAUUAAUAUUGUAGUAUCUAUCGUGUCCUUCACACCAUUCAAAUCACUUGUCGGCAAAGAUGAAUAUUUGGAAUUCCAAUCUGAUACUAUCCCAUUUGUCCAACAACAUUACAUGUAUUUUAAAGAAAAUAAGAAAGAAUCUUUUGUAUUUGAUAAUGAUUUAUUAGAAAGAUCCUUUAGAGCUUCAACAACAGAAUUUAAAAAUAUUAUUUUUAAAUAUAUUGAUAAAUUAUAUCAAUUAGUAGAUGAUGAGUUAACUGAUAAUUUUGUAGUAAAGUUGAACCAGACAACUCUAAUGUUAAUAGAAGCAUUAGAUGAACAACAUUUAGAUUAUUUUGCAGAUAUUUUUAUUAAACAAUUCUGGGAUAAUGAAGCAUUCAAGAGUGAAUCUCCAUAUUAUGUAUUGAUUUCGACACCAAUGGCUUGUCUGAUUAGACGAAAACCAUCUUUGAUAAAUUCAGUUCUGGAGAUGUUAAUGAUAAACAUGAAAGAACAAGUAGAAAGAGGUGGUGGUUCUGUUAGAGACGCAACAUUACAAGGUAGAGAUAUUAAACUUGCCCUAUACUUAAUUACGUUUAAUGAAGUUUUGAGAUUUAGUUAUGAUGCAUUAGUCCCUUAUAAGGGAAAAUUAAAAGAAUUUAUUGAAUAUUUGAUAGAAAAUAUUUCAAAUCCAGUAUUAGACUCCUUAACAACCGUAACCAUUCAUAAUAUAUUGAGUUCAUUAACAUCUACAGAAAUAAUAGGUCAAGAAAUGUUUUCUGAGACUUGUUCAAUUCCUGACGAAGAAAGAUGGGGUGGAUUACAAUUUGAUUCUAGAAAAUUUGAUCAAGAGAAUUUGAAUUUUAGGUGGCAUAUUCCUGCUGAAGAAGAAAUUGAAACUACGUUCGAUUUAUUCCAAUGGAGUACAGAUCUUGCUAUUGAAAAGAUUGAGCAAACCAUGGCCAUCAGGCCAAUCACUACCAAGACAAAUGAUUAUUUGCAAAAAUUUAUGUUAUUGUUAGGUUAUGGGUUAUCUGGGUCAAGUCUGCUCUUUGAUGCAAACUUCAACAAGAAUAUACAUAGUUCAAAAGUGGGAGAUCAGUCAUCGUAUAGAGAAAAAUUAUUGUUAUUAAAAUAUGUGAGAGAGAAAAAAUAUGACACCCAGGACAUAAAUAUUGAUAUUGAACAGAUAAAUUUAGGGAAGCAAGAUGAUGAAUCUUCUUCAGAAUAUGGAGAUAAUACCAGUAUUUCAGAUACAAAGUCAGAUAUUGUGGUUGUUAAUGAUGAUAUUCCAGAUGAAUUAUAUGCCGUUGAAGAUGGUAUGUCCGAGGUUCCAUCGGCAAUUUGUACUCCUGUACCAGGACAAGCAGUACCUAAUUCGUCUUUGAACAGUGACCUUUCGUUUAGGGACUUGGAUAUUUACAAAUGUAAUUAUUACUUCGGUUCAACUGUAGAGGAAAAUUUUGAAAAUCCUUUAUACUUCGAAUUCCACAAAAUCAGAUCGAAGAUUGGUUUAUUUUAUCACAAACUUUAUGGUCAUUUUAACGAAAAUUUUGAGAAUAGUACAACAACAUAUGAGGUGCUAUUGCACGGUAUGAGUACCUGGUUUAUGGAUCUUGGUCAUGGGAGUUUCUAUACUGACACUGCGUCUACUAUUAUUGAUGUUGAAUUCAUUGAAAAUCUUCAAUCACUUUCUCAUUUGGACCAACCAUUUACAAGAGUGUGUCUUUCUGCGAAGGUGAACGGUUAUCACCAAGAUCGUGUUAUUAUGCACAGUACUAAUAGGUACCCAUCCAAAUUAGAAGUUCAACUUUUGAGAGAUUUGGUCAAUCUAUCUAUGUCUGUGUAUCCAGAUAUUCAAAGAGGUGCACAGGGUUGUUUGGUUGAAUGUAUGAAACAACUAAUAGGCUCCUACUCUAUUGUUUCCAAACAAGUAACGGAGGCCUUAAAAGAAUCUCUCGAAGCCCAUUCCAAUAAGAAAGUGGACGCAUGUUUAAAGGUUUGCCGCUCAAAAAAGAUUCUUUCUAAAAUGAUAAAGGAUUAUAAAUCACUUGGCAAGUUUAUAUCUUUGAUAUUAGAUUGUUGUAAUAUAAGUGAAUUCGAUAUCGAUGUUCACGCAGAUUCCAUUCUAACAGACAUUAUGUUUGGCAUAAAGAUACCUCCUAGUGUGUGCUUAUAUGAUAAAAGAAUGUAUGAGGCCAUUACACCACCAGAUCCAUCUGUAAACCUUCAAGUAGAGGCUGUAAAAAAGGCUAAAGAAAACAAAAGAAAAGUUUAUUUGGAAUUGCUUGCGAAAUUAAAUUCAGAUAUCGUAAAACGUUUAGAUGGCAAUCAAUUUGGUUGGAAGACGCAGGUAUUCCUAAUUAGAUUUAUUACCAAAAUCCAAUCUGAUUUAGAGAUACCAAUUGAUUCAGAAAGUCUUAGAGUAAUAUUUGUCCAGAGUUAUUCGAACCAUCCAAAGUUAAUCCACUUGGUAUUAAAGUCUCUAUUAUCAAUCUCUAAUAAAAUUUUAUCGCUUUCUGAUUACAAUCAUGUUAUUAAUAAUUCUAUAGAUGAUUCGUUUGAUCCUGCAACGGUUAUGGAAAUUUCUACUGUUGGAGAUGAUUUUAAAAAUAGAUUUUUAAUGGAGAUGAACAAUUUUACAGACCCACAGUACUACAUUGAUUCAAAAGUUUAUCAAGGGUGGCUGUGUUGGGGUAAAAAUAUGAAAGUAAUAACAUCGAAAAAAUUUGAAAUCAAUUUAACUGAGGAGGAAGAAAUUGUGUUCAAGACAUUCGGUUCAUUGGUUACAAGAGAAUAUCUCGAGACUAUAAUAACUGCUCUAAUUAAGGAUAACGAAACGAGAGUAGUAUUUAGUAGUAGCGAGGUUUCUUAUUUUGUAGUGAUAAUUAUUAUGAUUUCCAAGGGUUUCACUUCAUUAACGUUUAACGAUCUUUGUGAAAUGUGUAAGUCUUUCUAUGUGGUUACAGAUAAGGCUUCGAUGAUUAUAUCGGUUGAGAUUAUAGGUGCCAUGAUGUACUCCACUAAAUAUAUUGCAAAGGAUAGAAUGAAAAUCCAAGAAAUCUUUUUAGAAGAAUUCUUAUCAAAAUGUAUCAAUGAAGAAUUAAAUCAGGAUGCAUUUGAUAUCUGGAGUACCCUUUGUUGGUGGCUACCAUGUGUUAUUGAUGUUAGAAGAUCACCAUCGUUCGUGAAUCAUUUUGCGACUCUUGGUUCAUGGUUAAAUGCUGACUCUGAUAGAGUCAACGAUCAAUGCUCUAGAUUAAUGAUGUUGAGAAAUGUUUUGACCAGUUUAGAAUAUAGAUCUUUUGAAAUACAGCCAAUUUUAGAAGGGUUAAUUUUUGAUCAUCCUUAUGUUAAGGUUCGUGAAGCAACUGCACGUCUUUUCACCACAUUGAUUCAGAAUGACUGCUACCCAUCAAUGAAAGACUCUAAGACUCUAUUAUUGGCUAAUUAUUCCGAAGGUAGUUUGGGACUACCUUUGAAACAAAUAUCAGAGAGGAUGGAUAAAGUGAUAAAGUUGAAUUUUAAAAACAUUGCUCAAGAGUAUCUUAAAGUAAUUUCUUUGAGUUCUCAGGAGAUAAUCAAAACAAGAUAUUUUUAUUUAUCAUCUUUCAUGUUUUACUGGAUAAGGGAAAUGGUUAAGGGGCCUAACAGGAUUUUAUUAAUUCCUUAUGUAACCAACUAUGUGGUUCCUUUCUUGAGGGUAUUACUGGGCCAAAAAGAUGUUUGCAAACUUGGAGGUAUUGAUCCGGGUAGAGUAGUCCUAAGUUUGGGUUCCAUGGCUAUUAGAAAGGAUUACAUUGGAGAUUUGAUUAGUUUGUUAAGUAACUCAGACAGUACUCAGGCUGAACAGGCGCCAUCGACUUCAUCAUACCAAAUAAGAGUCCAAUUAAUUUUCCUUGAAUUCCUACUCUCGAAUCUUUUGUUACAAUUAACUGAAGAUGAUAAGAAUCAUAUAUAUGAUUUCAUUUUACUUCAGUUGCAUAAUCCAACGUAUAUGGAAGUCAGAGUUCAAGCCGCAGCUGUUCUGUCAGACAUUGUACACAACAUGGGUGCUACAGAAAGGGUUCAAACUUUAUGCAAUACAUUUGAUAAAGUGUUACAAAAGUAUACAUGGCAAGAGAAGAAGAAUUUAUCAAAGACCAAUAUUGAGGCACAUGCUAGUUUAUUAGGUUUGGGUGCCAUUAUCAAUGCAUUCCCAUAUAUAUUCCCACUUCCAUCUUGGAUCCCAGCACAAUUAUCUGUAGUGUCGUCAUGGGCUCGAACGAAUGGGAUGUGCGGUACAGCUGCUAAGGACACAAUUAACAAAUUUAAGAAAGUUAGAGCCGAUACUUGGAAAUUUGAUAGAACUUCAUUUACAUCAGAUGAGUUAGAGGACCUAGAAGGUGUUCUGUGGCGUAGUUACUAUGCAUAG